UUUUCUCUCAUCCACCCAUCUCCCGAUUGAGAUCUAGAAUUAUAGUAAGAGAAAAAUGGAAGCAUUUUCUUCAAAGUUUCUUCUCAUAUUUUUAGCCUUUUGUUUCAUCACACAGUCUAUCCAAGCAAGAGAAACCAACACCUUAUUCAUUAGAAACUCUUGCAGUUCCACAACUUAUCCAAGACUAUGCUACGCAUCCUUAGUGAAGCAUGCCGAUUUCAUUCAAACAAAUCGCGUGCUUUUAACGGGCACGGCUCUAAACGUGACUCUUGCAUCCGCGAAAUCAACCUCAGCUUUCAUGUCGACGCUCUCUAGAGACCGGGGUUUGAAGCCAAGAGAGGCUGCAGCUAUGAAGGAUUGCGUCGAAGUGUUGAGUGACUCCGUCGAUGAACUCAGAAGGUCCAUAGGUGAGAUGAGUCAUCUUAGGAAUUCAAAUUUUGAGCUAACAAUAAGUGAUGUACAAACUUGGGUUAGUGCUGCUUUGACGGAUGAGAGCACUUGUACCGAAGGAUUCCAAGAGAUUAAUGCAAAGGACAAUACUCAGACAAUAGUGAGAAGCAAAAUUGUUCAAGUAGCUCAAUUGACUAGCAAUGCUUUGGCUUUAAUAAAUAAACUUGCCAAUUAAAAUCUAUAGUUUUUGUAAUUCAUGUUGCGGUUUCAAGAUGUGUAGCAUCAAGUUGGUAUACCUUAACCUCAACGUGUAUAAGAUUUUAAACUUUUAGGAAUUAGAUGUUGAAAUUGAUGCCAAUACAAAUGAGUGAAUGUUUAUUUCUUAUGAAA